AUGUUCAACCACACGGUCACCCGAUCCGCCAUCAGGGCAAUCGGCGCCCGUCCAGCUCUCUCUGCAACCUCGACACGGCCAUUCUCCCGCACAGCCAUUCGUGCGAAGGAAGAAGACCCUAACAAAGACCCAAUCCUCGCCGCCACAAAUCGCGCCGAGAAAGGCGCCUCCGGCGAGCAUGAGGGUGAAUUUGCGCGAAUCGAUGACAGCGUUCAAAUCCCUUACCCACCUGACAGCCAAUAUCCCGCCCAGCCCGUCGUCCAGGGCCGGGGUGGUAUGCAUUUCAAACGCACACUGGCCCAAUUCUCCCUCGAGAACAAGGUUAGCAUUGUGACGGGUGGUGCUCGUGGCUUGGGUCUCGUCAUGGGCCAAGGACUAAUUGCUUCGGGCUCUGAUCUAGCGAUUGUUGACUUGAACAAGAAUGAAGCUGAGGAGUCUGCGUAUAAGCUCAUUGAGCAAAUCCGGAAGGAGAAUCCCGGCAUGGAGCAAAUGCCCCAGGUUACAGCUCACUAUGCCGAUGUCGCCAAUCCAGAGUCCGUAAACUCCGCUCUGGCCGAAAUCCUCGCCAAGCACAGCAGGAUCGAUAACCUGGUCACCUCGGCAGGCUUCACCGAGAACUUCGAUGCGAUCAGUUACCCGUUCGAGCGCAUGCAGAAGCUCUGGGGCGUCAACGUGGACGGAACCUACCUGUUCGCCACGGGCGUGGCCAAGCAUCUAAUGGAGCGCAACGCACCAGGUAACAUCGUUAUGAUCGGCUCCAUGUCCGGCGCCAUCGUCAAUGUUCCUCAACCCCAGGCUCCAUAUAAUGCUGCCAAAGCCGCUGUGCGACAUCUCGCGGCGUCUCUCGCUGUUGAGUGGGCUGGCAAGGAUAUUCGUGUCAACUGUAUCAGUCCUGGCUACAUGUUGACUGCUCUUACUCGCAAGAUUCUCGACGAGAACCCCGAGCUCCGCGAUAAGUGGACAUCGCUCAUCCCCGUCGGCAAAAUGGGUACGCCAGAAGACCUCAUGGGCGCUGUGACUUUCCUUUUAUCCGACGCGUCCAAAUACAUUACCGGUGCUGAAUUGCGUGUUGAUGGUGGAUAUACCGUGACCUAA